GUUGUGGUUGCAGGACCGGCUUUGACUGCUUUCUAGAACGUCCUUCUGAUCCCUUUAAAGGUGGGGAUCAUGACGGAGGAUGCGGGGGAAGAAGGCGGGAGCCGAGGGCUGGAGACUCGCGGUUGACAUAGUAACUUCAGCUUGGUUUCUCUUGCUCUCAGUUCUCAGGCUCCGUAGCCACCCUCGGCCCCUCCUGUGCACUCUGUCCUGGAGCCCUGCCCGCCUCCCAGUGAGGUCCGCUCAGCCAGAAGAGCUCAGUUCAAGGUCCCCUUUGCGCCCCCCUCACCAGUGACUUCUCCGCGCGGAGCCCAGACUGCUAGGCGUUUGCAUCCUCUGUCUCAUCCUUGUCCCUUAGGCAUCGGUUUGUCCCGGACCAGUUCGGCAGUUAAAGGGGCCUCAAGGUACCAGGUUCCUGUUGGAACUGCGGACCCCUCCUUCAGGAACAGGGCCCAGGCCAGUGGAGCAUUCUUGCCAUGAACCAGAACCCUGCCUUCGUGCCCCGGCGGGGCGGCUCUCCUUCGGCGGCUGCCGGAGCCGGCGCGCGGCGCAACGAAAGCCAGGACUAUCUGCUCAUGGACUCGGAACUGGGAGAAGAUGACUGCCUGCAGCUCCCGCUGCCUCCCUACGGCUACUACCCCUGCUUCCGGGGCACUGACAAUAGACUGACUCACCGGCGGCAGACGGUUCUUCGUGAAAAGGGGAGAAGGUUAGCUAAUCGAGGACCAGCAUACAUGUUUAAUGACCGCUCAACAAGCCUAUCUAUCGAGGAGGAACGCUUUUUAGAUGCAGCCGAAUAUGGCAACAUUCCAGUGGUGCGGAAGAUGUUAGAAGAAUGUGUCUCCCUCAAUGUUAACUGUGUAGAUUACAUGGGCCAGAAUGCCCUGCAAUUGGCAGUGGCCAAUGAGCACCUGGAAAUUACAGAGCUGCUUCUCAAGAAAGAAAACCUCUCUCGGGUUGGGGAUGCUUUGCUUCUAGCUAUUAGUAAAGGUUAUGUUCGGAUUGUGGAGGCAAUUCUCAGUCAUCCGGCUUUUGCUGAAGGCAAGAGGUUAGCCACAAGCCCUAGCCAGUCUGAACUGCAACAAGAUGAUUUUUAUGCCUAUGAUGAAGAUGGGACACGGUUCUCCCAUGACGUGACUCCAAUCAUUCUUGCUGCUCACUGCCAGGAAUAUGAAAUUGUGCACACUCUUCUGCGGAAGGGUGCUCGGAUUGAACGGCCUCAUGAUUAUUUCUGCAAGUGCAGCGAAUGCAACCAGAAACAAAAGCAUGACUCCUUUAGCCACUCCAGAUCUAGGAUUAAUGCCUAUAAAGGCCUGGCAAGUCCAGCUUACCUGUCAUUGUCUAGUGAAGAUCCAGUGAUGACGGCUUUAGAACUUAGCAAUGAGCUGGCAGUGCUGGCCAACAUUGAGAAAGAGUUCAAGAAUGACUACAAAAAACUGUCAAUGCAAUGCAAAGAUUUUGUGGUUGGACUCCUUGAUCUAUGCAGAAACACUGAAGAAGUUGAAGCCAUUCUGAAUGGGGAUGUUGAAACACGGCACCCGGGUGAUCACAGCCGUCCCAAUCUGAGCCGUUUAAAACUUGCCAUUAAAUAUGAAGUAAAAAAAUUUGUAGCUCAUCCAAAUUGCCAACAGCAGCUUCUCUCCAUAUGGUAUGAAAACCUUUCCGGUCUAAGGCAGCAGACGAUGGCAGUCAAGUUCCUCGUGGUCCUCGCUGUUGCCAUUGGACUGCCCUUCCUGGCUCUCAUUUACUGGUGUGCUCCUUGCAGCAAGAUAGGAAAGAUAAUGCGUGGACCAUUCAUGAAGUUUGUAGCACAUGCAGCCUCCUUCACCAUAUUUCUGGGACUUUUAGUCAUGAAUGCAGCUGACAGAUUUGAAGGCACCAAACUUCUUCCUAAUGAAACCAGCACAGAUAAUGCAAAACAGCUGUUCAGGAUGAAAACAUCCUGCUUCUCAUGGAUGGAGAUGCUCAUUAUAUCCUGGGUAAUAGGCAUGAUAUGGGCUGAAUGUAAAGAAAUUUGGACUCAAGGCCCCAAAGAAUACUUAUUUGAGUUGUGGAAUAUGCUUGAUUUUGGUAUGUUAGCAAUCUUUGCAGCAUCAUUCAUUGCAAGAUUCAUGGCAUUUUGGCAUGCUUCCAAAGCACAGAGCAUCAUUGAUGCAAAUGAUACUUUGAAGGACUUGACAAAAGUUACAUUGGGAGACAAUGUGAAAUACUACAAUUUGGCCAGGAUAAAGUGGGACCCUUCUGAUCCUCAAAUUAUUUCUGAAGGUCUUUAUGCAAUUGCUGUAGUUUUAAGUUUCUCCAGAAUAGCAUAUAUUUUACCUGCAAAUGAAAGCUUUGGACCUCUGCAGAUAUCACUUGGUAGAACAGUAAAGGAUAUCUUCAAGUUCAUGGUCAUAUUCAUCAUGGUGUUCGUGGCCUUUAUGAUUGGAAUGUUCAACCUCUACUCCUACUACAUUGGGGCAAAACAAAAUGAAGCCUUCACAACAGUUGAGGAGAGUUUUAAGACACUGUUCUGGGCUAUAUUUGGACUUUCUGAAGUGAAAUCAGUGGUCAUCAACUAUAAUCACAAAUUCAUUGAAAACAUCGGUUAUGUUCUUUAUGGUGUCUACAAUGUUACAAUGGUCAUUGUUUUGCUAAAUAUGCUAAUUGCAAUGAUUAACAGUUCAUUCCAGGAAAUUGAGGAUGACGCUGAUGUGGAGUGGAAAUUUGCAAGGGCGAAACUUUGGUUUUCUUACUUUGAAGAGGGAAGAACACUUCCUGUUCCCUUCAACCUGGUACCAAGUCCAAAGUCCCUGUUUUAUCUCUUACUGAAGUUUAAAAAAUGGAUUACUGAGCUGUUUCAAGGUCAUAAAAAAGGUUUCCAAGAGGAUACAGAGAUGAAUAAGCUUCACAGUCAAUUUCACUCCAGAGAGAACAGUAUAGUGGUUAGGAGGGUAGCUAGGGAGUCUGCAAACCUUGGCUUCAGCAAAAUGUCCAGAAAACAAAAAAUAAUGAAGAGGCUCAUUAAAAGAUAUGUACUGCAAGCCCAGAUCGAUAAAGAGAGCGAUGAAGUCAAUGAAGGGGAACUGAAGGAAAUUAAGCAGGACAUCUCAAGUCUCCGUUAUGAACUCCUUGAAGAAAAAUCUCAGAAUAUGGAAGACCUAGCAGAACUUAUUAGAAAACUUGGGGAAAAAUUAUCCUUGGAGCCAAAUCAAGAGGAAAGCAAUAGAUAAUGCCAAGACUUCCUCAAAAUUUUGUAUUUAUUUGUCCACUUGAAGCCAUAUUAUUUUCUGAUUUAUUUUUUUAA